AUGGCUACCAGGAAAUGUGCUGCUGUUGUUGUAGGCGCUGGCCCGGCUGGUGUGGCUGUCAUGGGCAAUUUGCUGGAGCGCCAGCUGGGCACGAUCGCCUGGAUUGAUCCCAGCUUUGAAUCUGGCCGUGUUCACCGCAAGUAUCGCGAGGUUCCUAGCAACACCAAGGUCUCACUCUUCCAGGCCUACGCUACAGCCGUGCAACCCUUUAGAACCGUCAUUGAGAACACACGCCAACCCAAUGCUUUCACCACCAUGGCCAAGCUGGAUCAAGAGAAACCCUGCCAUCUCCACUACGCAGCCGACAUGAUCCGCGGCCUAACAGACGGCCUUAUGAAGAGGGAGGACGUCUACGCCUGCCGCGGCUUCGUCACAGCAGCCAACCUAGGCGACAGGACUUCAAAUACAUCAAAGUGGAUCGUUCGCAUCAAACGCGAUGACUCCGCAGACGAGGUAGAGAUUGAGACAUCUCGUCUGAUCCUCUGCACAGGCUCCCAUCCAACCAACAUGCCGGUCCCAGUCCCCGGUCUGGAUAUCGAGUGCUUAGACCUCGACACAGUCCUCAAGCCCUCUGAACUCACACAGAUACUACCCACAUCAACACCUACUACCGUCGCCGUCGUAGGCGCCUCCCACAGCGCCAUCCUUGCCCUUCUCAAUCUCCUCCAGCUAGCUAGCUCUUCACACCCGAAUCUGCGUAUCAAGUGGUUCACCCGUCACCCGCUCCGCUACGCUGAGUACAAAGAUGGCUGGAUCCUGCGCGAUAACACUGGUCUAAAGGGUAUGGCUGCGGACUUUGCUCGCGCACAGCUUGAAGAUGAUAAGCUCCCUACCUCGUCGGCUGGUGAGGUUAUUACUAAGAUUGAUUGUGCGGGCGGCGAGGCCCGCGAAUCUGCGCAGUAUCGCUCUCAUCUACCUGGCUGUGACUAUAUUGUUCAGGCUGUCGGGUUUACUCGGGAUCCAUUGCCGCAGCUUGCUAAGGAUGGCGCCUUACUAGCUAUGGAAUUUGAUCAUGAGACGGGUCAGUUCCAUGAGCGUGGGAAUGGUGCUGUGAUCCCCGGACUAUUUGGUUCUGGUAUUGCGUUCCCGCAGCGGGUUGUUGAUCCCUAUGGGAAUGUGGAGUAUGCGGUUGGUUUUUUUAAGUUUAUGAAGUUUUUGAAGAAGGUUGUUCCUUCGUGGGGAUCUGCUUAG